UUCUGCCUGUUUGAUCUCGUCCGACCCAUAAAUCCGUCCCCCUUUCCCCCGGGGUUUGAACGUGAGUCCUUCCUCUCCCCCUGUGGAGUAGCGGUGAGUCGUGACACGCACGGAUCUCCUCAGCGAGCAUUUCAGUCCUGACGGCAGCUCUGGCUGCUCCGCCUCACCGACGUUUCCAUUUUCUGCUUGUUCUGUCACUGCAGGUCUUCAGAAGAUAAUGAAUCUGUGCCUUCGGAGCCUUGUUGUUGUUGUGGCAGCUGCCGGGCUUCUGUCCCUCCCCUGGUUCUGCAGCCUGUUUACCGGCCUGGGAGUCCUGGUGGUCUGGAUCGGUUCCUGGAAGAACCUUCACAUUGCUCUUCACACCAUAAGGAGAGACUUGAGCUGUCUGCUCGUCAUCGUGAGGGUGAAGUUGUCCAUCCACAGUCACCACAGAAGAAGACACACCGUUCCUUCGUUGUUUGCCCGGACGGCGAAGCUGCAUCCCAACAAACCGGCUCUGAUCUAUGAGACCACAGGGGAGGUCUGGAGCUUCAGGGAGCUGCAGGAGAGAUGCCACGCCGUGGCUCACUGGGCGCUGGCCCAGGGCUGGGCAGAGGGGGACGUUGUGGCUCUGCUCAUGGAAAGCCGGCCUCUGGUGGUGGCUCUGUGGUUGGGCCUGGCCAUGGUUGGCGUGGAAGCCGCUUUCAUCAACCACAACCUUCGGCGGGACCCCCUGCUGCACUGCAUCAGCACGUCCCGGGCUCGGGCAAUAGUGUUUGGAGCCGAGAUGACCGAAGCCCUGUCGGAGGUGAGCGGCUCUCUGCAGCUCUGCACCGCUUUCUUCAUCAGCGGUGAGGAAAAACAGACCCAGAAGCUCUGCAGACUCAAAGCUCAGAACCUGGAUGCCCGUCUGGACCAGCUUCCCAGGCACCGACCCGUCUACAAGCUCAAGAAGGAAUUUAACGACAGGCUUUUCUACAUUUACACCUCUGGUACGACCGGAAUGCCCAAGGCGGCGAUAGUGGUGCACAGUCGGUAUUUUCGAAUCGCCGCCUUUGGUUUCCACGCCUUUGGGUUGCAGCAUGACGACAUCGUCUAUAACUUCCUUCCUCUUUACCACUCUGCAGGCACCAUCAUGGGGGUGGGACAGUGUUUACUCUUUGGUCUGACUGUAGUCAUCAGGAGGAAGUUCUCAGCCUCUCGCUUCUGGGAUGACUGUGUCAAAUACAACUGCACGGUGAUCCAGUACAUAGGUGAGAUCUGCCGCUACCUGUUGGCCCAACCAGUUACCUCCUCGGAGACUCGCCACAGAGUGCGGCUUGCUGUCGGCAACGGUUUGCGAGCGUCUGUGUGGGACAAAUUUGUUCAGAGAUUCAAAAUCAAGAGAGUUGGGGAGUUUUAUGGAGCGACUGAAUGCAACUGCAGCUUAAUCAACAUCGAUGGAAAGGUGGGAGCAUGUGGCUUCAGCAGUCGCAUUCUGCCCACCUUUUACCCCGUCAGACUUGUGAGGGUCCAGGAGGAUCAGAAGGAACUACUGCGGGAUUCCCAGGGUCUGUGUAUCCCCUGUUUGCCUGGGGAGCCUGGAAUGCUGGUGGGGCGCAUCAAUCCCUCUGAUCCACUCAGAAGAUUUGACGGCUACCGUGAUCCGGCCGCGACCAAUCAGAAAAUAGCUUACAAUGUGUUUGAAAAGGGAGACGCGGUGUAUGUCUCAGGCGAUGUGCUGGUGAUGGAUGAGUACGGCUACAUGUACUUCAAGGAUCGCAGCGGAGACACGUUUCGAUGGCGAGGGGAAAACGUAUCCACCACGGAGGUGGAAGGAGUCCUCAGCGGCCUCCUGGGUCACACCGACGUAGCGGUCUACGGAGUGUCAGUACCAGGCGUGGAGGGAAGUGCGGGCAUGGCGGCAUUGGCUCACACAGGGGGCCGGAUGGACCUGGAUGCAUUUCUAAGUGCUGUACAACAGGCUCUGCCGUCCUACGCCCGGCCCGUCUUCCUGCGACUCAUGCCGUCUGUGGACACCACAGGAACCUUUAAAAUUCAGAAGAUGCGUUUGCAGAAGGAAGGAUACAAGCCGAACGCAACGAGCGACAGGAUCUAUUUCCUGAACAGCCGUGCUGAGAGCUACGAGCUCGUCACCGAGGAGCUCUGUAAAGCCAUCGACGAGGGAAAAGUGUCGCUAUAGGACAGACAGACUCUUGUCUUCAUACUGAUGUUUAGAUAAUAGCCCAUGUUUAUGUCAUUGCAUAUGUUUUUGUACUUGUGAUAUCAAUAAAGAUACGUUCAAUUUCAAUUCAUAUGGUCUCCUGAUUGCAGGUUUCAUCUGAUAGGAGACCCCAAAGCUUUUAGUUGAUUGCACAUUUAAGACCACGGCAACAUUUUAGUGGACCAAACACACUGGAAUCAUUCAGAUAAUAGAUUUGUAAUAAUGUGUUGUAAUUUUCAUUGUUAAGCUAAAUCCUGCGCUUAAGAAAUAUUUUCCAGUUUUUAUGUCUUAUUUCUUAAAGUAAGUGAUUUGGGGAAUUUAUAAAAGAAUGUUAAUUAAGAAACAAUGUCUGAUUUUUUUCCUCCGGAUGUGGGGUUCCAUGCUGACAUCUUCCAAAGUUACUUUACUUUUACUGUGACAAAAUAAAAUACUUUGGGUACUGUA